GAAAUUUAAUAGAGAUAUAUGGGAAGACAAUUGCUGGAAGAUAUGAGACCCUGGACUUCAACGUGAAUUACAUUGAUGGACCAGCUAUCCUUGUGGCAGAAGGAGAUGGAUGGACCAGUCUCUGCUCUUUUGCUGACAGGCGAGCUGGAAACAUCUACGCUAUUCGGGCAGAGGAUGGACUGGGAACUCUGCAGUGUCGGGUGGAAGGGAACCACAUAGGGUCCCACAAUGUUAGCUUCUUGGUGUUUAACAAAGGAAAGUCAGCAGUACACAAAGGUGCUUGGCUCAUCAGUGCCAAACAGGAGCUUUUCUUGUAUCAAACGCAUUCAGAAAUAGCCUCUGUGUUCCCAGCUGGCGGGAGUCUCAGAGGAGGCACUGAUCUCACUGUCACGGGGGAUUUCUUUGAGGAGCCGGUGCAGGUCACUGCUGCAGGUGUCCCCUGUAAAGUCAAGCACGUCUCUCCCCAGCAAAUCAGAUGCACCACCGAGCCAGCUGGCAACAGCAGGAGGCUUGGUCCCCCCCACCCAGGAAACAGAGGGCUUCUCUUUGAAGUCUGGAAUGAUGCCUCUGAUCUGACAGAAGCAGGUCCCGGAUAUAGAUGGCAGAUUGUACCUGAUGCCAGUUCCCCAGUAAGAUUUCUGUCUGGGGCAAAGAAGUCCUUCAGCUCCAGGCUUCGUGGAUUUUUUGUGGCUCCCCAGACCAACAAUUACACCUUCUGGAUUCAGGCAGAUGGUCAGGCUUCUCUCUACUUCAGUUUGUCCCAAGAUCCAGAACAUAAGAUGAGAAUAGCAUCUCUCCCUGCUGGCAAUUCGGAGUGGUCUGAGAACUGGGUGAAGAGCUGGAGUGAGAGUUGGCAGCCAAAAUCCCACAAAUUUGAGCUAACUGCUGGUUCGAGGUACUACCUGGAAGCGCUGCAUCAUGGAAAGGCACCCAGCAAUGGGAUGAGAGUUGGAGUCCAGAUACAUAACACAUGGCUGAAUCCCCACGUAGUGAACAACUACUACAUCGAGAGACAUGAAAUUCGGGCUCAUGCCUUGCAUCUUCCAGAAGUGCAGAUGUUGACCGUGUCUGGUACAGGGUGCUUCAGUAUCUCCUGGAAUAACACGUCACGCAGAAUGAUCCCCACAAAUGCUACGGCUCACCAGGUUCAAACAGCAAUAGAGGAACUUCUUUCAAUAGGAUGUGAAACUGAGCCAACUUCUGCUAAAAUCCUUUUCCGCCAUGGUUUUGAGAAAGAAGAUAUGAAGGGCGUCAUUACCACAGGACACAUUGUCAGUGGAACAGAGCCUUUCUGUGGAAGGUUCAGUGUUCACAGACCAAGCCAGCUGGUGAAAACUUCCCCAUCAACUCUACCAAGAUAUGAUCUCACUGAAUACACACAUGUGUGUUUUGCACAUAAAGGUCAUAUGAGCAAUAUCCUUCAUAUCUCGGUGUCCUACACCAAUGUCUCUUUAUGUUCAGUGAAAAGGAACCUCACCUGCCUAUGGGAUUUCAAUGAAACUGACUCUAAAAGCUGGACAUUUACCUGCACUGACCUCUGGAAGGGGUGUGCGAAUCGCUCCAGGCUUCUCCAGGACCUGCCUGCCAAUUCCCCGCUGUUUGUGCACCAGAUAGACUUGCUGAGCCCUGUGCUGCCAAAGGAAGCAUCUAAGUCAUUUUACGUUGAUGAAGUUGUCAUUGCAGACAAAGCUGUGACUGUUUCUCAGAGGGAUCCCAAACCACCCUGGCUAGGUGGGAGGAUAGUUGAAGCAAUAUCUGUGGUCGGGUCUUCUCCUACUUACAAUGUGUCCUGGACGGUGUCUGACUGUGGUGCAAGUCUGCCCCUUCUCUCUCUAAGAGGUGCUUUGCUUGGGGAAGGCUCUAAGGAGUAUGGCCAUCUCUAUGUCUCCACGGAGGAUGUGAGAGUCAGCCUCACCAUUCAGAGACUGCAAAAGUCAUCCCCACCUAUUGGAGGGACCUUCCGCAUCCACUUGGCCAACACAGUGAUACCAGAUGUUUCAGUACACAGCUCCUCCCACCACCUCCGCAAGCUUUUGCAAGACAACGUAGACAACUCUACAGCCCCGUACUUCAACACCAGCGACUUCAUUGUGACCAAAGACUCCAACUCUUGCUAUGAACGCAUCUGGACACUGACUUGGAAAACAAAAACUGGGGACUUGCCCAAUGUUAUCAAUGUUUCUGCUGAAAACCUCACGGGUCUGAAACCAACUGUUUCUAGUCGUGUGGUUUAUGACGGAGGUGUGUUUAUUGGGCCAAUAUUUGGGGAUAUGCUUGCUACCUUCAAUAACAAAACACAGGUGGUGGUGGUGGUGAAUGAUGUCCUUGCAAACUGUUCCGGUUCAUGUUCUUUCCAGUUCAACCAGGAACUGACACCCUUAGUCAGUGAUGUGGAGUAUUCAUCAGAUGGUGGGUCCCAAGCCACAGUAGUUAUCAGGGGAGCUGGCUUCAGUGAGGAGAAGCCAGCCCUGCAGGUCGAGGUGAACAAUACUACCUGCCACGUCAUAAUCUCAAAUCAAACCGAAGUGGUUUGCCAGAUGAAGAGGCUGCCAGUCGGAGUCUACCAGGUGACACUACUCGUGAGACCUUAUGGCUUUGCACUCAAUGGCAGCACAGGAGAAGGCAUCUUCCUAAGAGUUGAACCAAAGCUGGUGGCUAUCGAACCUCCUACAGCUUCAGAGAUUGGAGGACUGAGAGUGGCUCUCAGGGGGAUCAAUCUGGAAGGGGUAAACAUGGUGUUGUUUGGAUCUCAGCCUUGCCCAAUUUUGGAGGAUGACAGAAAUUCAACGAGAAUUGAGUGUGAAGUUCCCUCUCGGGGUAUAGAAGACGCUGCUGUCCAUGUGACACUAAUUUCUGGGUACCAGUCGAGAACAGUAACCAACUUGUUCCAGUAUGAUCCUUCCUUAAACCCUGCUGUUGUAUCACUGAACAGAAACAGAAGUGGCAUAGCAGGUGGUCAGGAGCUUCAGAUCAGAAUAUCUCGGUUUGCCAGCUACCGAGAGUCAGACAUCAGGGUCCAAAUUGGGGGCUCAUGGGCACAGAUCAAGGCGCAGACAGACCACGGCAUCAACGUGAUACUUCCAGCCUUGGCUGCGGGGUGGUACAAUGUUUCUGUCAUCAUCAAUGGCGUUGCUGUCACUUCAAACAGGGUUGAGCCGCUAAUCCAGUACCUCUCAGAGAUCUUCAGCAUAGAGCCGUGUGGUGGCUCCUUUCUGGGUGGAACACUGCUCACGAUCUCUGGGGUGGGCUUUAGCCAAAAUCCUGCCCUGGUUUCUGUUUCAAUGAACAGGCAAACCUGUACGGUUACUUACUUGACAGAAGAGACAAUUUGGUGCCUGACCCCACCAGCUGCUAAUUUGUCUAAUGAAGAUUCACAAGACAUCUCUGUCAGAGUAAACGUAGUCAUCAGCAGCAGGUCACUUCAGUAUCCUCUCAUUGCAAAAAGGACCACUGCCUUUAAUUACCAAAGAGCUUUGACUCCUCUGAUUACUGUUGUUGAAACGGAAAUCACAGAUAGCAGCCUGCUUUUGAGCAUCCAGGGGAUAAACAUCACUGGAUCUGUGGCUAAGCUUGGACACAGUGAAUGUGAACUUGAGUUUCAACCUGGCAACAAGUCCGAAAUGUUUUAUCAGUGCUCUUUGCCACUGAAAAGCCUGGAAGCUGGGACUUUCCCCAUCCAUGUUAUCCAGAGGCAGCUAGGAUAUGCUCGUGUGACAGCAAGGCUGCAGGCCCUUACAAUAACUCCACAGAUAACCUCCAUAUUCCCAUCACGAGGAUCAAUCUGUGGUGGGAUGUUACUCACUAUAUCUGGUAUUGCUUUAAAAUCCAGGAAGAAUUUGGUACAGGUCAGCUUGGAGAGUAAUUAUUCCUGUGAGAUCCAGAACUCUGAUAAUGAUGCCAUUGGUUGUAUUGUCCUUCCAGGGGCCCAUCCUUUGCAUUAUCAGUGGUUGGCUGGGGCAUCUUGGGCUCUUAAUGUUACAGCAACUGUCAAUGGGAUCAACAGUGCCUGCCUUGGAAACUGUACACUCCACCUUCAUGAGCAGUGGACCCCCCUUGUAGAUUUGGUGACCUGGGAGACCAAUGGGACAUUCACCUAUGUGAUGAUCGAAGGACAGAGGUUGGCAUGGCCAAGUGAUAGACCCGUGGUACACAUGAAUAACAAGGCUGUCUGCGAGGUAACUUUCUGGAACGAGACCAGCAUCAAGUGCCAGACAGAUUGCAUUGCCCCAGGGGAGCACAACAUUUCCAUAACCAACAGGAAAAGUGGACAAGCUUGCUUCGGAAAGGCGUCCAGCGUUCUCACCAUCCUGCCUCAGGUGUACCGGUUUUACCCUCAGAACUUCAGUAUCAAUGGUGGAGGCCUGCUCACCUUAGUAGGCUCAGCACUGAAAGGGAAGAGAAUGACUUCUGUUCUCAUUGGUCAUCACCCUUGCCUCAUUCUCAGUGUCACUUGUGUAGCUAUCCAGUGCACGGUGCCACCAGGUAAUGGAACAAGGGCUUUGAGUCUAAAAGUAGAUGGCAUCUCCUAUUACCUUGGAAGAAUAAGUUAUAAUGAGGAGUUUACCCCAUCUUUCGUUUCGUGGAUUGCAACUGGUCUCCUUUUAACGAUGACAGUAUCACAGGUCACAGAGAUGGACACCGUCUACGUAUUCAUUGGAGACUUUCCUUGUAGUGGUGUCACCAUCACUCACUCUACUUUACAGUGCUCAGCUCCUCUGCUCCCUGUUGGCGAGUACCGUGUGCUGGGCCUGGAUGUCCCCAGGGGCUGGGCUUCCUCCAACCUGACAUUCACCUCUCAGCUGGUGGUGACAGCCGUGCAUCACAACUGGGGUGGUUUGAAUGGAGGAGCAGUUUACCUGCAUGGAACUGGGUUUUCCCCAGGGAAGACUUCGGUCACAGUCUGUGGCACCGACUGUGAACUGUUGGGCAACACGACGACAACUGACCUGAGCUGCCUUGCCCCACGCUUACACGCUUCUUUGGCCAUUUUCUGUGGCCUGACACAUUCUUCUGUCAACUGCCAAGGAGACAAAGCCACCUUCAUUGAAUGUGAUGUCCAAGUCAAAGUGGGUUCCUAUCACCAGAGGGGAUCUGUGUCUUACCUGUAUGUCUGUGAGGACAGCCCACCUCAGUGGCACCGGAGGGACAUCAACCCACCCCAGAGGCAUUUCGCUGGACUCUUUGCCAGCCCUAAAGUGGAAAGAGAUGAAGUUCUCAUCUAUAAUAGCUCCUGUAACAUUACCAUGGAAACUGAGGCAGAGAUGGAGUGUGAGGGAGCUAAUCAGCCAAUUACCGCCAAGAUUACUGAGAUACGGAAAAACUGGGGCCAGAACACUCAGCUUGCCCUCCAGUUUUGUGGCCGGUGGGAUGAGGACUCCAGCUGGCCUGCUGGCCACCAGCCGCGAGAUGGCGAUAACGUCACGAUAGAAGAAGGCAGGACCCUGCUGCUGGGGACCAGCACCACCAACCUCAACCUGCUGCAUCUCAAAGGUGGCAAACUCUUGUUCACUGGUCCAGGACCUGUAGAACUGCAUGCUCAUUACAUUCUGAUAUCUGAUGGAGGAGAGCUCCAGGUGGGAUCCCCGGAGGCCCCUUUCCGUCAUAAAGCGCACAUCUAUCUCUAUGGAAGCCUCCAUUCUCCACCAUUAUUUCCAUAUGGGGUCAAGUUCCUGGCAGUGAGGAAUGGAACCCUUUCCAUUCAUG